UUUCAUGGUUGUUAUGUUUAUAUCCAAGUAACAUUGAAUGAAAUUAUCGAACAGUUGACAUGUCGGGUGCAUCAUUGUUAACGCGGUCACGUUAAGCUGUUUUGGUUAUCAUAACGAACAUCGUUAAAAAAAUUGGUCUGAUAAAAGACAGUCGACUUACAUGUUGUUGGCGAAACGGGCACCUGCCGGUUUCUGAGAUCAAGCGAAGUCUAGUCUUAGAAACCAGUCCAGACACGAGGAUGUAAGCGUGGAAAUCACCGGCAAAAACAAUAUGUCUCGCAAAACACAGAACCGUUAUGAUGAUGACUUUGAAUUUGAUGAAGUUGAGGACACAGAAACGCUGAUAUCGAGAAACAAGCCUCCACGGUACAAGUCAGCUCCUGCAAAGAAAACCAAGAAGUCUGUUCGCAGACCAGGAUCUCCAAACAAAGCAAAACCUAAGCUUGGCAAAGAUUUGUGGAUGAAUGCCAUCAAGAAACGACAGACAUUGGGACUUGCCAAUGGUCGCCAUCCAGACACCCCUCAUCACAAAACUCCAAUUGAGUUUUGGGUUGACACCCUUCGUAAAACUGGUAUGGGUAAGUCACAGAGAGUUCGGGGGAACGCCAUGACAGGUCUGAAGAAGGGCAACGACAUGAACCUGGCCUACUUCAGCACAAGCCAUUACAUGCGACAGAUGAUGGGGACGGAGAAGGCUCGGCGGAAUGUGGACGACCCCACAGCCAGGACACACGCAGGCACCCCUGCAUACAAGACCCCAGAGGAGUACUAUGAUGACAUUCUUGACUUGAAAAAGCAUAUCUCCUCCCUCAGUCAAGACAACUCAACAAUGAAGGCAAAAGUGAGGCGUCUGGAAGAAGACAACAUCAAAAAGGAGAAGGAGAUUGAUGGCCUUCUGCAUCCAGAGAAGAAUGAGGAGCUGCGACGAACUAUGGGAGAUAGGAAACCCGACACUGGUGCUGUCAUUCACAGUCUUAAGCAGAAGAUCCUCAAGCUUGAGAUGCAACUCCGAGACAAGGAAGCCUCAUACGUGAAGCUGGCGAGUGAGUUAAAGACGACGAAGGUGGAGGAGAUGAAGGUACAGAUGGAGGUUCUAUACCAGGAGUUGCUGCGUCUGCAGAACUCCAAAGAUACUGGUGCUGACAAAUCUAGAUCAGGGAAAGAAAGUGGUGCAAAGGUGAAGGCACUAAAUCAGACUGUGCUUCGACUCAGUAAAGUCAAUGAGCAGCUGCAGUCCGAGAUAAGGGGUCUGAAGGAGGACCUUGAGAAGGCCCUGGAGGACACCGAGGAGGCCACAUCCAGCAGACGAGAAUAUGAGGACAUAAGAGACCAGCCUCUGACUUCGGGCUCCGGCGCCGAGUCGAUGGUGCUUGGGGAGGUAGAGGAGCAUGACGGAGGUUUCCGUUUUGCCGGCUCUGCGGGAGGUCCGGCAAAGAAUUGCCGAGGGCCUACCCCAAGCAGCGGUGCCUGUUGGCCUCCGGACUUGGCUGAGUUCGCUUGCCAGGCGGCGUUUGCCCCUCGGCAGCCCUCGCAGACGCAGCUCCGCAUUCUGCCUUCGUUGGUUCAGGGCGUGGUCGAGCCCUCUUGUCUGGUACCCGUGUUCGGUUCGACUUGCGGAUUUAGUACGGAGGUACCAACUUGGGGAGGACUCCUGUUACGUUGUUCCCAUCGUUGGCGAGUCGUGUUCACUUCCGUAAGCCCUGGGGGAGGCUGGGCUUCCUCGGAGCAGCUCAGGCUGCUCGGCAAGAGGCACCUCACUCCACCGUUUGCCCUGGCGCCUUCUGCAGCACGCAGCGUGCGGACCUACGAGGGCUCUCUACGGAACGCGAUGCAGCAGGUCAAGGUGGUGGUCCAUGAGGCCUACCUCUCCUCGAUUCAGAGGUCGGUCCUGGGCGCGAGGGGCAUGCUGGUGACAUUUCGCGCAUGUCGUGCUGCUCCGUCAGCUCGGAAGUUCAGGCACACCUCGCGACGACUCUUUCGCGGUCUGCUUCGAGAAUAUGAGGACAUGAACAAGAGGCAGCUACUGGUAGCAUUAUCUAAAGCAGAACGGAGAGCAGAGCGAGCUGAGAGGAAGGCAGAGGCGGACAACACCUCCAUGUUGUCUCUAGACAGUCGGCGUAGUGAAGUCCAAGGCAAGAUCGUGCUCCAUGGGAGUAUGGAGGAACGCUUGCACCAACUGGACCAGAGAGAGUCUGAGCUGCUGGAUGAAAUUGAAAAACUCAAGGUGAAGGUCAGGAGGCUGAAUAAUGAGAUGAACAAGAAGAGCCGUGAUUCAUCUGUCACACCAAGACGGCGUGACUCCCCCCACUGGUGUGACUCCAAGAAAGCAUCUUCAGCAGAUUCAGGCAGAGAGACAAAAGUUCAGUCUUUCUCACAGAAAAAAGCAGCCCAGAGUAUACAGAGGCAGUGGCGACAGCACCGGGAGAAAAGGCGUGAAGAAGAAGAGAGAUUAGCUAUACGAGUCGAGGAACUGCGUCGAACCCAUGCAGCUCGGACGAUACAGAGGAGGUGGACCAAUCAUCAAGAAGAGACUGAGAGAAUGCAAAAUGUGAACAAAUUCCGUCAGAAUCACGCUGCAAAAGCUAUCCAAUCAAGAUGGCGUCGACAUCGACAGGAUGAAGAGGAUGACGAGGAAGCUGCGUACGUUAUUCAGUCUGCUCUUCGAGGACAUCAUCAACGGCGACAGAAACUGAAGCGAUAUCAAAAUGAAGAGGAUUAUGACGACGAAGAUGAUGCAUACCACAGCACAGCAAGUGAUGACGCCGUCUAUAUGAUACAGUCUUCCUUAAAGGGCCAUACAGCUCGCCGACAAAGAAUGAGGAGAAUGAGACUCGAUUCAACUGGGGAUGAUGAUUAUGAAGAUGAAGGUCACCAUGGUUAUACUGGCCGGAGGUACUCAGGUUCUCGACGACCGUCAUCAGCUCUUUCUCGAGGUUCUGCAAAGAAAACGUACGCCACAUAUCCCAGCUCACGUCAAGCAAGUAUGGACGACGAUGAUGACAUCAUGACCUGAGGGGAACAUGUCUUUAGGGGGGGUGACCCUCCCAUAUCACACAGUGCCUGUAGCUCUCAACUCAUACAUCAACCCUGUGAUACGUCACAAUGCUAGGUUGUCCUAGGACGACUUACCAUAUGGGCCUAUUUUGCUCAGUAGCUGUUGUCUGGCAUGUAGUACUUUAGUUAAUCAGCAUAUAGCCUUUUAAGAGCCUGUCGUUGGCCAAUAUCAGUAUCUUUGAUGAAGCACUUUAUAUUGUAAAUAUCUGUACAGAACACCACCACUGUGUAUAUGGAUAAAGUAUUAUAUAAUUUAUAUGUAGGAACUACACUUCAAUUUUUCUAGAGGAUGGAGUCUGUACCAUGCUUUGGUAUGAAUAAUGUCACUAUUAAACUACAGCGGGUUCUGUGCUAAAGCUUAAAGGCUAAAUAAAUUAAUGUUUCAGGUAGCAUGGACCAAGAAUAAUGUGACAUUUAGUUGAGUCCUUUUUUCCCCAUUUGAUUUUCAUUUAUGUUUAAAACAGAUGGCUUGUUUAAGACUUGUGAUGGUUGUAAUGAUUCUCAAAUUUGUACAAUAAACUAUAAUAGCAAUGGUAGUAUUUGGAUACAUUUGAUGUUAAAUAUGUGUUUCCCCAACAGCUGUUUCCAGCUGUGUUUAAGAACAUUGGAGUCUCAAGUGAAACAGUGGGAUGGUGCUGUUACCUGAAACAGUUUAGUAAUGAUGUGUGGAUCAUGGCAACCUCCCAUGGUU